GUAAUUUCCUGGUGGUGGGUUGAGUGUCCGAGUAGUAAUAUUGCCAAAUAAUUUAAACAUGGGCAGCCUGUUCAUUCCAUUCCCAUAGAAUGGUGGAGUAUAUAGACAGAUUUAGGCUUCAUUUAAAUAUCUUUUUGGGGCCAUUAAAUAACAGUAGUAACACUAAUUAUUUUUCUUGGGUGAAGAUAUUAUGAGGAAAAGGGCAGUGUUGAUAGGCUGCAAUUACCCGGGCACCAAGGCGGAGCUGAAGGGCUGCAUUAACGAUGUGCGGCGGAUGCACCGCUGCCUGCUCGACCGAUACGGUUUUCCGGCGGAGAAUAUCGUUGUGCUCAUCGAUACAGAGGGUAGUGCCGACGCGCAGCCCACCGGCAGGAACAUACGCGCCGCCCUCUCCGAUCUGGCAGCCUCCUCCCAGCCCGGCGACGUCCUCUUCGUGCACUACAGCGGCCACGGCACCCGCCUCCCGGCCGAGAACGACGAAGACGACGACACCGGCUAUGAUGAGUGCAUUGUCCCCACUGACAUGAAUCUCAUUACUGAUGACGACUUCAGAGAGGUGGUGAACAAAGUAGCCGAGGGAAGCCGGAUCACCAUCGUCUCGGACUCCUGCCAUAGCGGAGGCCUAAUCGACGAGUCCAAGGAGCAGAUCGGCGAGAGCACAGGCCGGAACAGAAGGAAACAACAACAACACAAGCAAAAAUGCUCAGGAUUGAAGAGCUUCCUGUGCACGGAAGUCCAGCAAGAAGAAGCAGCAACGGAGCACCUCAUGAGCAAAUCUCUGCCGCUGUCGACAUUCAUCGAGAUACUCAAGCAGAAGACGGGUAAGCACGACAUCGAUGCAGGCAAGCUGAGGCCGACCUUGUUCGACAUAUUCGGCAACGAGACCACGCCGAAGAUCACCAAGUUCAUGAAUGCGGUGAGGAGCAAGUUUGGAGGGCGUGAUGGUGGCGGCUGUAUCACAGAUGGUGGGAUUCUGAUCAGCGGAUGCCAGUCCGACGAGACCUCUGCGGAUACCAGCCCCGAUGGGGACACUUCCCGAGCAUACGGCGUGCUGAGCAAUGCGAUUCAGGUGAUAAUCGCGGAGACGGAUGGGAGAGUGAGCAACCGGAAGCUGGUGGUUAGGGCGAGGAAGAUGUUGAAGCGGCAGGGCUUCACGCAGCACCCUGGCCUUUACUGCACUGAUCAAAAUCUGAAUGCUCGUUUUAUUUGCUGAUUUUUUAAAAGCCAAUUUAAAUCUGGACCGUUGAUGGAUUGAAUUGUAACCGUUUGAUCAAUUAGUUAGUUGAUUGUUUUUCCCCUUUUCCCUUUUAGCCGAGAAAUUAAGGCUUAUGUUCUUUGUAAUUCAGUUUCGAUCUCUCUCAGCUCAAUAAAGAUUUCUCUCUCAAAUCUAAUCAUCCUUCUUCUACAAUUCUUGAUUCCAAAUUUGUUUACAAAUGGGCGCCGUCCGGUGGGAAGCGAGCAAUCGGAGAAGAUGGCUGCGAGACUUGAAGCAGAGAAGUUCACCGGGAAAAAUGACUUCGAUUUGUGGUGGAUGAAGAUGCGCGCGAUGCUCAUUCAACAAUGGUUGUCGGCGCCACUUGAUGGAGAGAAGGAGACGGCUGCGGCAGAUUUUGAUGAAAAAGCCGUGGCGAAGCGAGCUGAAAUUGCGGCGAAGGCACACAGUGUGGUAGUGUUAUGCCUUGGUGAUAAGGUGCUUAGGGAGGUCGCCAAAGAAACCACGGCGGCCGGAAUCCUUAAGAAACUCAAGAAUCUGUAUCUCACAAAGUCUCUCGCCAAUCGACUUUGUAUGAAACAAUGGCUCUAUUCGUACAAGUUCUUGGAGGAAAAAGGUGUAAUGGAGUAGUUGGAAGACUUUAAUAAAGCGAUCGAUGAUCUUGAGAACAUCGACGUGACAAUUGGUGACGAGGAUGAAGCAAUUCUCUUCCUCAAUGCUUUACCCAAAUCCUAUGAUCAUCCACGUGAUGCAUUCAUGUAUGGGAGGGAAGGCACUAUCACAUUCUUGGAGGUGCAAUCUGCCUUAAGGGCUAAAGAGCUACAAGCGAUUGGAACCAGAACAAUUGACUCUGCAUCCGAGAGCUCAAUAUCAAAGGAUCUAAGGGCAAGAAACCGUUCAAGAAGAAGAAUGAGGGGACCAAGCAGCCGUGGAAUGAUCAGAAGAAAAGUAGAGUAUGCUUUUGGUGUAAAAAACCGGGGCAUCUCAAGAAAGACUGCUACGGGUGGAAGAAGAAGCAAGCCACGUCCGGAAAUCAAGGUACAAAUACCUCUGACUGUAUUGAAUCAAGUAGUGCAGCUGAGGUGUUAAAUGUGAUGGAAACUAUUGAUGGAGCAUCUUGGAUUAUGGAUAGUGGUUGUAGCUUUCAUAUCUGUCCCAAUAAGGAAUGGUUUGAGAACUUGACUGAUGCAGAUGGUACUGUCACUCUUGGCAACAAUCAAGUGUGUAGUAUAAGGUGAAUUGGGUCUAUUAAGCUCAAGAUGCAGAAUCAGUGUGUGAAAAUACUUAGUGAAGUUAGGUACAUACCAAAAGUAAAAAGAAAUCUGAUAUCUUUGGGUUCACUAGAGCAGAAGGGUUGUUCUUUCUUUUCAUCUGGUGGAAAGAUGUUAGUAAAGAAGGGUUAAGAUGUGGUCAUGAUGGCUGAGAGAAGGGGUAGCCUAUACUAUCUUGUUCUUUCUUUUCAUCUGGUGGAAAGAUGUUAGUAAAGAAGUGUUAAGAUGUGGUCAUGAUGACUGAGAGAAGGGGUAGCCUAUACUAUCUAUAUGCUUCUGUUAUCAAGGUGCAUAAAGAUGAACAACUAAAUUUGGUGAAAUCUUCAAGUCUGAAAGUUCAGCAUGAAAGAUUGGGCCAUCCAGGUCUUGGAAGUGUCAGGGAGUUGGUCAAAAAACAUAUUAUCUCAUCUGAUGAAUCACAAGAAGUGCAGCCUUACCAAGACUGCAUCAAAGGGAAAUCAACAAAGCUACCAUACCUUGCUGGUAAGCAUACCUCUUCCUCCCCUCUGGAUUAUAUAUACAGUGACUUGUGGGGACCAGCACCAGUGAAUACUAUAUGAGGAGGCAGAUAUUACAUGACAUUCAUUGAUGAUUAUUCAAGGAAAACUUGGAUAUAUAUUUUGAAAGAGAAAUCAGAGGCAUUUGCUAAGUUUAAAGAGUGGUGCACUGAGGUUGAACUAGAAAAAGGCUGCAAAGUGAAAUGUCUCAGAACAGAUAAUGGACUUGAAUAUUUGUCCAAGAGCUUUGAUGAUUUCUGCAAACAAAGGGGGAUCAAGAGGCAUAGGACAGUUCCUUUGAACCCUCAACAGAAUGGAGUGGCUGAAAGAGCAAAUAGGACCAGUGUUGAGAGGAUAAGGUGUAUGCUAUUUUCUUCAGGGCAGGGAAAAAGGUUCUGGGGGGAAGCAGCUUCUACUGUUGUUUAUCUGAUGAAUAAGUGUCCCUCAAGCAGCAUCAAUGGUGAUACCCCGGAUUAUAGGUGGUUUGCCAGACAUGCAAGUUAUAGCAAUCUGAAGAUCUUUGGCUGUAAGGUUUUUGCUCAUAUAAAGCAAGGUAAAUUGGAUCCCAGCUCGGUGGUAAGACGCUUCACCUCUGACCGUUAGGUCGGGGGUCCGAGUCACCUCGGAGGGUAGAUGGGGAACCAUCGUUGAUCCUCCUUUUAAAAAAGAAAAAAAAAUUGGAUAUCAGGGCAUUAAUGUGUGUGAUGUUGGGAUACCAAAAAGGGGUCAAGGGGUAUAGAUUGUGGUGCAUAGAGUCUGGAAACCACAAAAUAGUGAUCAGCAGAUGUUAUAUUUUUGGAAAAUGACAUGCCAUUUCUGAAUAAAGGGGGUUCCUCUGAUGGAGUUAGAAUUGUAGCAGAUGAUGGGACUGAUUUUGAGGUGGAGCCUGCAGAUAGGCAGUUUGUAAUUCAGGAUCCAAGUGAGGAGGAUUCUGAUACAGACACUGAUCAGAAAACCACUUAAACAACUGGGAAUUCUGCUGAUAAUUCUGAUGUUCUAGUAAAUGCUCAAGAGGAUUUAAGCAAUUAACAGCUAACAAGGGAUAGAGUCAGAAGAGUUGGGAAGCCACCAAACAGCUUCUCUGAUUCUGAAAUGGUCUUUUAUGCAUUAGUUGCUGCAGAAGAAAUUGAGCUUGAGGAGCCUCUCACAUACAAAGAAGCCAUGAGAAGCAAAGAUAAAGACAGGUGGAUGCAGGCAAUGAGAGAAGAAAUUGACUCUCUGAUCAGAAACAAAACUUGGGUUCUUGUGGAAAAAGUGGAAGGCUUGAAGUUAAUUACUUGCAAAUGGAUUUUUAAAAGGAAGAUAGAAGCAGAUGGCUCUGUCAGAUUUAAGGCCAAGCUGGUGGCUAGAGGAUUUACUAAAGAAUAUGGGAUCGAUUACAAUGAGGUAUUUUCACCUGUAGUAAAACACAGUUCCAUCAGAAUGAUGAUAUCAGUUGUAGCAAAGAACAACUGAGAGCUUGAACAGAUGGAUAUGAACACAACUUUUCUUAAUGGUGAGCUGGAUGAGACUAUUUACAUGGUCCAACCUGAAGGCUUUGUUGUACCUGGGGAAGAAUUGAAGGUAUGUAAGUUGAAUAAAAGUCUCUAUGGCCUCAAGCAAGCAAGCAGGCAGUGGCACAAUAAGUUUAACUCUCACAUGUUAGCUUGUGGUUUCACCAGAUCUAAGUAUGAUUCCUGUGUGUAUUUCAAGAAAAAAGGUGGAGUAUCAGUGGCCAAUCUAUUGUUAUAUGUAGAUGACAUGCUCAUUGCAGGAGCUUGCAAGAAAGAGGUGGAGCAAGUGAAAGAGGAUCUGAGGUCUGGUUUUGACAUGAAGGACCUUGGAUCAGCUAGAAAGAUACUGGGAAUGAGCAUAAUCUGAAAUAGAGAGCAGGGGGAGUAUUUGGCUUGGUCAGUCUGAUUACAUAUUAAAAAUGCUGAAGAGAUUUAAUAUUGAUAAUCUGAAGGAGAGUGCAACACACCUCUGGCACAACACUCAAAUUGUCAGCCAGCCAGAAGCCUCAAAGUGAAAGAGAAAGGAAGGAAAUGGAGGUAAUCCCUUAUGCUAAGAUAAUAGGCAGUGUAAUGUGUGCAAUGGUCUGCACAAGGCCAGACAUUGCACAAGCUGUGAGCUUGACCAGUAGGUUCAUGGCAGAUCACGGAAGAGAACAUUGGCUGGCACUCAAAUGGCUUUUGAGGUACCUAAAAGGUGCUGCAAGAUUGGGAAUCAUGUAUGGAGGAAACAAGAUUCAUAGUGGUGAUGCGUUGAUGGGUUUCUGUGACUCAGAUUAUGCUGGAAAUAUUGAUAACAGAAGGUCACAGACAUGGUAUGUUUUCACCAUGUUUGGUUUUGCAAUAAGUUGGAAAUCAAGUCAGCAACAUAUGGUAGCCUUAUCAACAAUUGAGUCUGAGUACUUGGCACUUGCAGCUGCUAUCAAAGAAAGCUUCUGGUUAAAGGGUCUUGCAACAGAACUUGGAGUUCAUCAGAAGUGUAUUGUUGUUGGCUAUGACAGUAGCAGUGCUAUUGCACUUUCUAGACAUCAGGUAUUUCAUGAACGGAGUAAGCACAUCGACGUGCGCUUACACUUGAUCAGAGAAAAGAUUGAAGAAGGAGAGGUUGAAGUAUUUAAGAUCAACACAAAGGUUAAUCCAGCUAAUAUGCUUACAAAAGCUUUGCCGAGGGAUAAGGUGGAGCUGUGCAGAAACUUAAUGAUGCUGCAGAAAUGUGAUGAGGCUGGAUGACUGAGCAAGGUGGAGAUUUGAAGAUGUAUUUGCUCAAGUCAGCCUAGCACAACACUUGGUCAAAAUUGAGAAGGAAGGAUUUAAAAGCCAAUUUAAAUCUGGACCGUUGGAUAGAUAGUUGAUGGAUUGAAUUGUAAUCGUUUGAUCAAUUAGUUAGUUGAUUGUUUUUCCCCUUUUCCCUUUUAGCCGAGAAAUUAGGGCUUAUGUUCUUUGUAAUUCAGUUUCAAUCUCUCUCAGCUCAGUAAAGAUUUCUCUCUCAAA